UAAUCCCAAAUAUCUGUGGCAGGAACAGGGGUAGGCAUUAUUUAGUGAAUGUGUACAUAUUUCCAAUCAAGGAAGUAAAAUUACCGAGAACUCAAUCGAUUGAUGAGGUCAGGAAAAAAUAUUUGACGAACAAGGGUAACCUGUUUGUUAGUUGUAAAUACCUUUGUCGUAUUCCAGAGGCAGUGCAUGUACUUACCACGCUACACGUGAAGAGUACCCUAGGAGGGCUACACGUUCAAACUGUACAGGGAAGGGAUAACCACUGAUAACUUUCAGUACAUGUGCUACGUUCUUGUAUAUACAUGAUUUCCGCGUCAUGUAGCAAUAACAAAAACAACUGUAUAACAACAACGUGACCGUAAAGCCCGCGGGCCUCUCGUUAUAUAAAGCAAGUAAAAACAGAUCUAGACACCAGACAUCGACAGGAAUCAUGGGGAACGAUCCAUCUGUCAUGGAACUUAAGUCGGCUGUAAAGCGAGAACAAGUGAUGGCCCAAGGUAAUCGUGGGAAGUUUGAGAACAUUAUUUGCCAAUUACGAAAACAACAAACUGGAAAAACUUUCGCUUUGAAAGUGGGUCGUCAAAACCUAUUCGUCAUUGGGAUAUCACAAAUGAAACAGUCGGGUUCCGAGUUAUCACCCAUAGACGUCACCUUCUUGACCGAUAACCAGGAGGAACGGAACGUCAACCUUGGUGGUCCGAACCGGGAGUUUUUUACGCUGUUUCUCAAUGAAUUCCUUAAUCAGAAACAACUUGACAUGUUUGAAGGGAAAGGAGGUUUCCUCUUACCGACCCACAAUAAAGCCAGAGCUGAUUGGUUUUAUUACCUCGGCAAGGCAAUCGUGCUCUCCCUGCUAAGUGAAGGACCUGGCUUUCCUUAUUUUCCGCCUUUUAUUGUCAGUUUUCUAAGAGACCAGGAGUUUUUGCAUGAGUUAAGCACAAUAUAUGUGGUCAACACUUACCUGGUGCAGCACAUAGACGCGGUGAACGCAGCUGUUUGUCAGGAUGAGAUUGAUAAGAUCAUUGGAGAAGAAUCGGAGAGGUUCACGGAUUACUGCGGCUGGUCCAGUGUCGAAAGGAUCACAUUGUCCAACAGAAUGCGAUAUAUUCAGACCCUACUGCAAUGGUACCUUAUUGACAAGCGAAAAGAAUCUUUAGAGGAAAUCAAGCGCGGUCUUAGAACAUUGUCCUUUCUAGAGAGCACAAAGGAAUACGAGGAGUUCUGUAGAUUCUUCGUUACGAGGGACAAGCGAGCGACGACAGCCCUAUAUAUCAAAGAUAAAUUGCUACCGAAAGUUGCAGAAUUGUCAACAAAUAACGCGCAAGAGGAAAACACCAAAGCGUUAACGACGGAACUGUUGAAAGAUCUAAACGAUGAAGAAGCGGCAAAGCUGUUUCAGUUCAUAACGGGUUUAGAUGAUCUACCCGUGCACGACUUCUCCAUGAAUGUAGGGUUCAAUCGGUCCGAGCCCCGGGCAGAACUGCCCAAGGCUACCACUUGUCUUCAGUACUUACACCUGCCCCUUGGUAACAAAAGCAAAAUGGAAUUAUAUGCUUCUUUUAAUAAGGCGCUUACAUUGGGUAAGCUGGGCUUUGCCGAAUGACCUUUGACCUGACCGACAACAAUGAACAUGAUAACAUGAUAUCAAAAAUGAAAACAAGUACUAUUAACUGCGACCGGUGUAUACACAAGAACAAAGCUAUUUUGAUGACCUUACAUUAAUCCCAUGAAAGGACAUUAUAUGUCAGAUAUAUAUAUAUGUGUACUAAUAUGAAUAUGUAUGGACUGUAACCUAGCUACGUUAAGUAUGGUGUCAUAGGUGGAAAUAGGAAAUGAUGGACUAUGCAUGCAUUCAGCUCGUGACAUUUACUGACCCUAUCCAUUGUCUUGAUAUAAAAGAUAGCGAUGCAUCGAGUAAAGCAGGGUAUCAUAUACUAUUCAUCUCUAUCGUGAAAGUAAUCUAGUCUUUGUCUAGGUUUUGAAAACUUACUAACGAGACUGAGAUAAGAAUGAUAGCCAUCAAUAAAUAGCCCGGGAAAAUAUUUUUAGCAUACAACGUGAACAUCUUACGUGAUAGCUGCAAUCCAUGACCUUUGGACUCUUCAGCGCGCACUUUAACAAAUCCAUUAGUUUGACGAAUAUUGUUAAAGAAGGAGACGCAUUCUUUAUUUCUUUUUCAUAGUAAAACAAUUUGUCGUAUCUAUUUCGAAAUUGAAAUAAAUGGCAUUCAUUUUAAA